UUUCACUCAUUCACUCAUUCACCUUUUUUUUUUUUUUCUUUUCUUCCCUUGUUUCGUUUUCUGGGUUUACAAAUGCUGGACGACGAGGACGACCACACUUGGUUCCUGCCGCCCGCCUCCACCGACGGCAACCGCGGCCGAGCUGCAGUGUUUGCACCCACGACGCAUGACACUGCUGGCGCCGCCGCCACCGCCAUUGCCCGAGUCAAGAGUGGCAGCAUCAAAGCGGGUGGCGCCAAACUUGAAACCGAAUUGGCGUUCAUCUCGUUGGGCGCCAAAAAUUCCCCUGUUUCGGCUUCGGUUGGCCCUGCUGGUCCCGCCUCGCUUGCAACACGGCCUCAGGCACAGUAUGCCGAGAACCACGACAAGGACUCUAUCGUGCCGCGAUCGAUGGGUGCCUCGCAGUCAAGUUCGGCGGCAGCUGCUCCCUCGUCAGCAGCCCAGCGGGCUGUUCCCAGCCACCCUGAGCCGAGACCUGGAGUUGAGCGUGCUGCGGCGCCCGCACAGUCACGCUCAUUUGCGUCAUUCCUAGGCUUUGACACCGCGGGGGCUCUCAGUGACGAGGAUUCACUUCGCAACGAGGAUCCGCGGAGCGCAUACGAUGAUGUGGACUACUUCUGGGAACGACGGUCGGGACGAAUGGGCGUUCCAGCGCUUCCGGCGGCAAAUGAACGAGACGUCGGAGAGUCAUUUGGCUCGCUCGGUCGAGCAGCACCAGCCAAGCAGGCAGCAACUGCGUUUACGAAUCGCGUUCUGGUUCCGGAGCCCGAUGUGCCAGCACGACAGCGCCGUCCACUUGGAAUGCAUUCCGAAUUUCAAGCUGCGAGCCAGCUGAGCCAACGGAGCCAACUGAGCCAACCGAGCCAACCGAGCCAACUGAGCAACGACGAGACCUCCCAGUUCAGCUCCACCUCAAGAUCAGGCAGAUACGAGCCAGCUCCAGUGGCGGCAACAUCAACACAGCUUCCACUCUCAGCUUCUGUUGCGGGUUUGGUCCCUGUGACAUCCAUUCCUCCUUCUUAUCGGACCGUGUUUUCCUCGUUUGCGCAUUUUAACCGAGUUCAAUCGGUCUGCUUCGACACGCUUGUCUCGACCGACUCUCCUGUAGUCGUGUGUGCACCGACGGGCGCUGGCAAAACCGCACUGUUUGAACUCGCCAUCUUGCGCCUUCUCAUGCAGCGCCCGCAACGUGACUUCAAGGCCGUGUACAUGGCGCCAAUCAAAGCACUCUGCAGCGAGCGUUUCGAAGACUGGAAGAGCAAAUUUGAGCCCCAUGGCUGUCGUUGCCUUGAGCUGACCGGGGACUCGGACGUGGAGGAUUUCCGUGCGAUGGCAGACGUGCAAAUCGUGCUCACUACUCCAGAGAAAUGGGACAGCAUGACUCGCAAAUGGCGAGACAACAGGGCCUUCACUCAGAGCAUUGCGCUGUUCAUGAUCGAUGAGGUGCACGUCUUGAAUGACCACGCUCGCGGGGCGACUCUGGAGGCGGUCGUGAGCCGCAUGAAAACUGUGCAGCAGUUUCAGCGAUCGCACGCCAAGAGCGCUCUGUCCGAGUCGGCUGCCAUGCGAAUCAUGGCGCUGUCUGCCACAAUCCCGAAUGCCGAUGAUGUCGCCAGUUGGAUUGGUUCUCGAAUGAACCCCGCAAAGUUGUACCAGUUUGACGACUCGUUUCGACCUGUCAAGCUGGACGUGCAUGUGAUUGCCUACCCUGAUGCGGCAAACGAGUUCAAGUUUGACAUGAAUUUGAACUACCGCUUGCUGGAAGUCAUCACUACCUACUCUGCGGGCAAACCAAGUCUGGUUUUUUGCGCGACGCGGAAAGGCUCCCAACAAGCUGCAGAGAAGGUACUGGCCAUGAUCGGAGAUGGAAGAUCCAGUCUGGUGACUUCAAGCGAUCAGCUGCAAAGGCUUCAGGCAGCAUCCAAGGGGUUCAAAGACCGUUCUCUCAAAGAGUGCCUCGCCGUUGGGAUUGGAUUUCACCAUGCCGGGCUGGAUCCUUCCGAUCGUCGCAACGUGGAGAGCCUGUUUGCAUCCGGUGUCCUGCCGGUGCUUUGUGCCACCACGACGCUUGCCAUGGGUGUCAACUUGCCGGCGCAUCUUGUUGUUGUCAAGUCCACGCAGCAUUACGGUGCAGACGGCAUGGAGGAGUACAAUGAACCUCAAGUUCUUCAAAUGAUUGGUCGUGCAGGUCGUCCGCAGUUUGACACAACGGCAACGGCAGUCAUCAUGACUCGCCACGCGACCAAGCGCAAGUACGAGUCGCUCCUUUCUGGUCGAGAGCCCAUCGAAUCCAACCUUCAUCGACAUUUGAUUGAGCACUUGAAUGCCGAGAUUGUGCUACAGACAAUCUCAGACGUAUCCAUUGCGCUCGACUGGCUCAAGUCGACAUUCUUCUUUGUUCGGGUGAAAAAGAACCCCACUCACUACGGCUUGCAGGCAGGGAUGCCGGACAGACAGCUUGAGAGCGCUUUGCAAAGCAUGUGUCUGCAGCACCUCAAGCAGCUUGCCGACUGCCGCCUGAUCACCAUGGACGAAGAUGGAUUUGGUCUGCUUCCGACUCAUGCCGGAACGCUGAUGGCGCGGUAUUGCGUGCUGUUCAAGACCAUGCACAUGUUCAUCACACAAGCCAAGCCUGAAUCGACCUUGGAGCACCUUAUCGAACUCCUUGCUGCGUCCGCAGAGUACGAAGACAUCCGCCUCCGAAUGGCUGAACGCAAGAUUCUCAAUGAUCUCAACAAGAGCAACGCCACGUCGAUUCGGUUUCCACUCGACGGCAAGAUCAAGACGCGCGAGAGCAAGAUCAACUGUCUCGUUCAAGCAACGUUGGGGAACACUGCCAUUGGGGAUUUUUCUCUGGCACAAGAUCGGGAGCGUGUCUUCAAAGCCGCCAUUCGCAUUGGAAGAUGUGUUGCCGAGUUUCUAGGCCAACAAGACGGCUUCCUGGCCGCGCUGAACGCCGCCAUCUUGUCCAAAUGCCUUCGCGUUCGACUGUGGGAAAACUCGCCUUACGUCUCGAGGCAGCUGGAAAAGAUCGGCGAACGCAUGUCUCUGCUGUUAGCGCAGGGAGGGUUCAAUUCUUUCGAAGCCAUCACACGAGCAAGACCGAUGGAGCUGGAAUUGCUGCUGGCUCGCCAUCCGCCUUUUGGACGGGUCAUCCGCGAGGCUGUUCAGCAGCUGCCAGUGUACAAGCUGGACGUGGUGCAGGAGGGAGCGAUUGAACAAGCGACCGCAACCAUUCGCGUUUCCUUGUCGCUGGCAAAUGCCGAGCACGCGAGAGCAUCGCCAAGCACUCGAGUGCAGUGGUUUUCAUGCCUUAUCGGUCAGCAGUCCACCAACAAAGUUCUGCUUCGGCACAAGUCCAGCGACGCCAUCCUCCUGAGCAGUGGCAACCUAUGGACCACUACGAUUCAAGCCCAGCGGCAAGGCGACACUGAGACGAUCGCUUGCUUUUUGCUGAGCGAGAUUUAUGUUGGCCUGGAUGUGGGCAUCGAGUUUCAACCAAAGUUUUCCACCUCCACCUUUGGAGUUCCGGCCAACAAGCAGCGCGGGGACGGCAACACCAAACCCGGCUCCUCAACCAAGGCCUCCGCCAAGCCGGCCAAGCAACCGACGAAUGCUCAAGCUUCAUCAGCGCAUGCUGUGGGUGAUAAGCACAGUUUGGAACCGAGCGAAGCAGCUGCAACUGCUACAGCAGCAGCACCACAAUGUGCACAUACUUGUGCGGACAAGCUCGCAUGCGGACACAAGUGCUGCAAGGGCACGAAAUCGACUCGAGGGUCGUCCAAGCGACGGGCCGAUCCAGACGAACCACUGGAAGGUGUGAAAAAGGCUGCACGAGCAGCACCCGACCAGAUCGAAGGCACACCGAGCAGAACCAGCAGCAGCACCAGCGGCAACGGCAGCGCAGCCACCAGCAAGGGCGCCCAUUCCAACGCGCCUCCUUCCUCUCUGACUGCUUUGCGUGAAAAGUCGUCUGCCAUCCCGUCCAACGGCGUGAAGCGCUUGCGUGCCUCUGUACCAGCCACCAGCUCAACACAAGUUCCACCGCAAGUCGCCAACCUGGCAAACCCGUCGUCGACAAGGUCCAGUUCAUCCACCCGCUUGAUGGCCGCCAAGGAGGAAGACGAGUUUGACAGCCAGUUGGAUCCAAUGGACGAUGCCAUCUUUGAGCGCGCAGCUGCCGCAGCCGAGCCAUUUCCCGACGUCAAGACCUUUGCCUACACCAAAAAGCCGACUCGAUCGAUCGCCUCUGUUGUACCUACGGCUGCUGUACAAGCACCCAUCUCAGCUAAAGCGCAGCUCGCAUCGGCGCCGAGCAUGGCGUCGCGUGUUCCGAUUGGUACCAAGCCUGUAGCUGCGGCGAAGCCACUGCCAUCUGCUGCUCAUCAGCCACUGCCAUCUGCUGCUCAUCAGCCACUGCCAUCUGCUGCUCAGCAGCGCUACCCUUCCCAAGUUGGUGCAAACGGCAAUGCACAGCUCGAGCAGGCGUCAAUGACUGGAUCAUCACAGCCGUCGACACAACCUUCCAUGGCGUCUGUGGGCGCAUGGCCCAACAUGGACCCGCAGCAGUUCAUGCUCAUGAUGAUGCAGGCACAGGCGUUUCAGCAGCAGCAAGCGCAAGCUUCCAUGUUUCCGUCGCAGUCGGUGGCCUACGCUGAUCCGCGCCAAAACUUUGGGCAAGGCAUGAUCGCACCUCCGCCUCGUAUGCUGCAGCCUCAGGCUUCGAUGGGGUACGACGACAACUACAUGGAUGAGCUGCUGAGGACGGCAUAUGCGUCCAGACCUGCCAAUCCGACCCUCACUCAACCGAUGCGUGCGCAAGUGGCGGCAACCUUUGAGGACGCGUCCACCUACCGCUCCGUUUCCCAGACCCCGUCACAUACUCGGGCGUUUGAUGAAGACCCCUCCGACAUUUUUGCUGGUUACUUGUAGGCCCCCCCCCCUGCAUGUUGAGAAACCCCCUUGUUGCAUGAAAUUGAACCGAAC